AUGGACAAUGGAACGGUUUCUGGCUUUAUCAUGAUCAAAAACUUCUUCCUCUUCUGCGUCUCCAUGAGUUUAGCUGGCCGCUUCGGCUUAUCUCAAACGCCGACAGCACCAGGAAAAGAGGACACCAAUGAUAACAUUACCAUCUUCACCAGGAUCUUGGAUGGCCUGUUGGAUGGCUACGACAACCGGCUGCGCCCAGGACUAGGAGAGAGAAUAACUCAGGUGAAAACAGACAUCUAUGUUACCAGUUUUGGCCCGGUGUCAGACACAGAGAUGGAAUACACCAUAGAUGUGUUUUUCCGACAAAGCUGGAAGGACGAAAGGCUUCGAUUCAAAGGACCUAUGCAGCGUCUCCCUCUCAACAACCUGCUUGCCAGCAAAAUCUGGACGCCAGACACUUUUUUCCACAACGGCAAGAAGUCUAUUGCUCACAACAUGACGACACCAAACAAACUUCUGCGCCUUGAGGAUGAUGGCACUCUGCUGUACACAAUGAGACUGACCAUCUCUGCUGAGUGUCCCAUGCAACUUGAAGAUUUCCCCAUGGACGCACACGCCUGCCCAUUAAAAUUUGGAAGCUACGCUUACCCCAAUUCUGAAGUGAUCUAUGUGUGGACCAACAGCACCACAACCUCUGUGGUUGUGGCUGAAGACGGUUCCCGACUUAACCAAUACCACCUGAUGGGACAAACUGUGGGAACUGAGAACAUCAGUACCAGUACAGGCGAAUACACCAUAAUGACAGCACAUUUUCAUCUGAAAAGAAAAAUCGGUUAUUUUGUCAUCCAGACAUACCUUCCCUGCAUUAUGACUGUGAUCUUAUCACAAGUGUCGUUUUGGCUGAACAGAGAAUCUGUCCCUGCUCGGACCGUCUUUGGAGUGACAACAGUCCUCACCAUGACCACCUUAAGUAUCAGUGCCCGCAACUCUUUGCCAAAAGUGGCCUAUGCUACUGCCAUGGACUGGUUUAUAGCUGUCUGCUAUGCCUUUGUAUUUUCUGCAUUGAUUGAGUUUGCAACGGUCAACUAUUUCACCAAGAGGAGUUGGGCAUGGGAUGGCAAAAAAGCCCUGGAAGCUGCUAAAAUCAAGAAGAAAAAAGAGCGCCAGUUGCUGGGAAAUAAAUCAACAAAUACAUACAGCACUGGGAAGAUGACCCCUGCCCCAAACAUGCCAAAGGACUCGGCCCCUUCCGUCAUCUCAAACGCUGUUCCUGCUCCAGUGAAGUCUGUGGAAGAAAAGCCUGCCGAAAGCAAAAAGACUUACAACAGCAUCAGUAAGAUUGACAAAAUGUCCCGGAUAAUUUUUCCAGUGCUGUUUGGAACUUUUAACUUAGUCUACUGGGCCACAUAUUUGAAUAGGGAGCCUGUUAUUAAAGGUGCCAACUCUCCAAAAUAA